ACAUCACUCACCCCUCUGGACGCACCUGAGAUUACUAAUAUUUUGGGGGGACUGUGCGCAGCGGUGAGGACCAUCGGCACUUUGGGGAGAGAGAGGUUUCAUCAUGUGGCGUGGAAGGCGGCACAUCCCGAAUGGAUACGGAGUGAAAGGAAGAAGAAAAAGAAGUGGGAGGAAGAAGAAGAAGGCGAAGAAGACGAAGAAGAAGAAGACGAAGAAGAAGAAGACGAAGAAGAAGACGAAGACGAAGAAGAAGAAGACGAAGAAGAAGACGAAGAAGAAGAAGAAGAAGAAGAAGAAGAAGAAGAAGAAGAAGAAGAAGUGGGAGGAGGAGCAAGAAGAAGAGGAGGAGGAGGAAGAAGAAGAAGAAGAAGAAGCAGUGGCCAUAACUGUAAAGGCGAGCGAAGCAUAUCCGCAUGUACUUCCCUCAGAAGAAACGCGCAAAAUCUCGGACGCGAGGAGGAGGCGGACGACGACGACGAGUAGAGGAGGAGGAAGAGGAGGAGGAGAUGAAGAAGGUGAUGAUGAUGAUGAUGAUGAUGAUGAUGAUGAUGAUGAUGGUGAUGACGAGGAGGAGCAGGAGAGAUUGCGAGUAGAAUAUUCGGCGUCAGCAGCAGCAGCAGCGAAAGUAAGGAAGAAGAAUAGAGGGAAGAAGCAGGAGGGGUGCAUUUGCAGACGGCAAGCUGUUGAUUGUGAGGAGGCGGUUCUUCUGCUGCUACCGCUGAGGAAUAAAGUGGCAAAGUCACAAGUAACAAUGUCUGUGCAUUUCCUGCAGAGUCAGCAGCAGAAGCAGCGGAGGAGUGAGCGAUCACAAUGUCCUCCUCCUACGAUACUCAUCUGCACACUCAUUCUCCUGCUGUUUGUAAUGCCAUGGCACCUAUGGAAUGUCUUCAUGAAGCGAAAUCAUGCUAAGUACGGAAGUCGUUCUUCUGGCAUCUACGACGAAGAGGAGAAGUGGAAGCGCAGUGGUAUACUUCUGUCCCACCUGGACGGCCGUACCGAACCCAUGACGGGAACUGAUGAGGUCGAGGAAGACGAUGGCAAUCCCCCCAUCGAUCCGACCAAUGGUGAUCCUCAGCUUCAACAUUGGAUUUUCCCUGGUCAUGUUUGGCUCGAUACAGAUGGACGUCCAAUCCAGGCACACGGUGGGGGUAUCCUCUUUGUUCCAGAUUCGAAAACAUUCUAUUGGUAUGGGGAGAACAAGGACGGCGUGACCUACAAGACGGAAAAUGGUACUUCAAGGGUUGACUUGAUUGGUGUUAGCUGCUAUAAGUCCAAGGAUCUGUGGGCAUGGGAAAACUUGGGAGUGGUCUUGUCGGCGGAGAAACAAGACGCAGCGAGCGACCUCCACAUCAGUCGAGUGCUGGAACGACCGAAGGUCAUCUACAAUGACAGAACUGGUAAGUAUGUGAUGUGGCUUCAUGUCGAUGAUGCAAACUACCAGAAGGCGUCGGUGGGCGUCGCUACGAGCUCGAGACCCGAGGGGCCGUUCCGAUACCAUGGAAGUUUCAGACCUAACGGGCAAGAGAGUCGGGACAUGACGGUGUUUCAAGAUGACGACGGAAGCGCGUAUCUCUUCUACUCUUCGCAAGGGAACAGCGUGCUCCAUAUCACUCGCCUGCGGGACGACUACCUCGCGGUUGAACGUGAGUACACACAGCAGUUUGAAAAGAUGGAGAGGGAAGCACCUGCCGUCUUUAAGUACAAGAAUGAAUAUUUCUUAAUCACUUCUGGAUGCACGAGCUGGAAACCAAAUCGAGCUUUUAUUCAUCAAGCAAGGUCGAUCGUAGGGCCCUGGAAAACGAUCGGCAAUCCGAUGGUUGGAGGUACAGAAAAGGCAAGGGACGAGACGUUUCGCUCACAGAGUACAUUUGUUUUGCCUUUGCCAGGUAUUCCUGGACAGUACAUUUUUGUUGCAGAUCGAUGGCGGGAAAGCGAUCUCAGCAGCUCUCGCAUUGUCUGGCUGCCGCUCACUGUAAAGCGACGAUCAGAUCUGGAGGUGAGCAAGGAGUCCCACGAGUACCUUGCUAUGAUUGAAACAUUUGACACUUUCUCAAAAGAGGUGGUGUUUGUGGAGUGGCAUGAGCGGUGGAAAUUGCCAGCAAUGCCUUGGAAUUAGAGAGAGAGAGAGAGAGAGAGAGAGAGAGAGAGAGAGAGAGAGAGAGAGAGAGAGAGAGAGAG